AUGGCCACCAUCGUCCCUCCACCGUCGAAGCGGCAACGUCGCGAAGAUGCUGAACGGUCAAGAGUACAGCAAGAUGUCAACAGCGCAAUGUCCGGGCCCGAAGGCUCCUUCAAGGCUCGAUUUCUGGAUGGCGAUGGCAAUCAAGUGUGCGACGUUAUCGAAGUGCCUCUGGCCGAUGCCUCGGAGAAGAAUCUGUCUCUUCUACUGAACACCUUGCUGGCUAGGGAACGAGAAGACUAUCUGCCCUACCGAUUCCGAAUCCAUAUUCCCGACUCCGACAUCAUCGUUGACCAAUACCCGACAGAUCUCUUGCAGCUCCUCAAAAGUCAUGGAAUCGCCAACCCUUUUGAAACAACCGUCACCUUGACCGCGGAGCCGCAGUCGGUAUUUAAAGUGCAAGUGGUCACGAGAAUGUCGCACAAGGCCACUGGCCACGGACAGCCAAUCUUGGCCGCUCGGUUUAGCCCCGCCACCAACACCCGCCUCGCCACCGGAUCUGGCGAUAACACCGCGAGAAUAUGGAACACUGAGACAGGCACGCCAAAGCACACAUUGGCAGGUCACACGGGCUGGGUUCUCUGCGUCGAGUGGUCUCCGGACGGCGAGCGGCUUGCCACGGGGAGCAUGGACAAGUCAGUGAGGCUGUGGGAUCCCUCCUCGGGCAAGGCCACAGGUUCCCCCCUCACUGGUCACAGCAAGUGGAUUACAAACAUUGCUUGGGAGCCCUACCAUCUCUGGAGAGACGGGACGCCACGGUUGGCUAGUGCGAGCAAGGACGCGACAGUUCGCAUCUGGGUGGCCAACACGGGACGUUGCGAACAUGUCCUCUCGGGGCACAAGAGCUCCGUCAGCUGCAUCCGCUGGGGCGGAACGGGCCUCAUUUACACUGGCAGCCACGACAAGACGGUGCGAGUCUGGGACUCGGUCAAUGGCAUGCUGGUGCACGCCCUCUCCUCUCACGCUCACUGGAUCAACCACCUGGCGUUAUCGACCGAAUUCGCACUGCGGACCGCCUACCACGACCACCAAGAAAUACCAGGCACCGACGAAGCAAAGAGGGCCAAGGCAAAGCAAAGGUUUGAGAAGGCUGCCCGGGUGCAGGGCAGGAUAUCGGAGAGGCUGGUCUCAGCGAGUGAUGACUUCACCAUGUAUCUGUGGGAGCCGGCGCAGAGCAGCAAGCCCAUUGCCAGGAUGGUCGGACACCAAAAGCAGAUCAACCACGUAGCUUUCUCGCCAGACGACACCCUGAUUGCGAGCGCAGGCUGGGACAACCAUACCAAGAUAUGGAGCGCUAGGGAUGGCAAGUUCAUCAACACCCUUCGCGGUCAUGUUGCCACCGUCUACCAAUGCUCGUUCUCGGCAGACUCCAGGCUCCUAGUGACGGGGUCGAAGGACACCACUCUAAAGGUGUGGUCCAUGUCAUCGUUCAAGCUGGUGAAUGACUUGGUAGGCCAUACUGAUGAGGUGUACGCGGUCGACUGGGCGCCGGAUGGGAAGCGGGUAGCCAGCGGGGGGAAGGACAAAGCUGUAAGGCUCUGGCAGAACUAG